UUUCAGGAAGUCAGUGUGUUAUUGUCUUUAUCAGUUAUUGAGUAAUAGAUGUGUAUCUGAUAUGUAUAUUGAGUAUAUUAACACAUGACAGGCUCAGCUGGGGCACAGUUGACCGUAUUCGAUCCAGUGGGUCUUUGCAGGCUUUAACAACAUGGGGUUAGCUCAGGGACUUCAGUGUGUGACUCUUCUCCACUUGCUGCUGUGCUGUACAUCUCUUCCUCUCCCACUGAUGGAGUUUUCUAUCCAGAGCACCUGGGACAGCGAUCCCGUGAACCACGAGCCCAUCAGGAUCCUGUUCUCUCCCGGACAAGGCGGGCUGAAGAUUGAGGUGUUCGGCCCCUUCUUCAAUGACCCCGCAGCUCCUGCAGGACCCCCCAGUCAGGCCUUCCCUGGACUCUGGGAUUAUGAAGUGGUUGAGUCGUUCUUCCUUGAUAGCACUACAGAAAAUUACCUGGAAGUGGAGUUUUGUCCACAUGGACAACACCUGAUUUUACUGCUGUCAGGGGUCGGCCAAGCCUUCCAGCAACAACUACCGAUGGUGUUUAAUGCCACAAUCGCAGGAGACAGGUGGAUGGGGGAGGCUCUUCUCCCCUGGUCGUACCUUCCUCCCAAGGUUAACAAGAUGAACUCCUACGCCAUCCACGGCUCAGGAGAGAAGCGCACGUAUGAGGCUCUCUACUCUAUUCCCAAGCAGGAGAUAGUGGAAGGCCAACAACCAAACUUCCACCGCCUGGAGUAUUUCCACAAUUUCCGCCUGCAAAGCAUCAUGGGAGAAGAUUGGGUUCAGCCAGAGUCUGAUCUGUGGAUAGGAAAACCCUGAGCUUUUCAAAAAAGCUCCCUUUUUUCCACUCUGUCUCUCCUAACUCUCUCUUGCACACACGCACACACGCACACACACACGCACACACACACACACACACACACACACACACACACACAGAGACACACACAUGCACACACCAGGGCGGCAGGGUAAUAGCACAAACACCCAUUGCAGGGGAACAAAGGCCAAUCAAUCUUUAUUAGUUAAUGAUGUCAAACGAUUUGACAAGAAAUAUGUUAUCAGCUUGUCGGAGCGUAUUAGCCUUCACACACAUUCAUGCGAGCGCACAGACUCAGGCCCACGUCUCACGAUAUUGGACGUCACCUUAUGUUGCCUCAGCAGAGUGUGACCUACAGCGGUUAGCCAGUGGAUGGUUUUCGAGGGAUGCUCGCUUUGACCUUCAGCUCCUGUGAAGCUAGCGUUUCACUCCAGUGAUACAGACACAGCAGGCUUUUGUGUUUCUUGGCCUUGUUAGUGGACACACACUGAACCAUACACACACUUUUGAAAAUCUGUUCAUCUGAGACACAUGCCAGGGCUUUUGAAUCAUGGCUGCACUGUAAUUAGGUCAUUUUGCAAUCAUUCCACUUCCUUUAUUGAUUUCCUUUUUCUAUUACAUAGGUUUUCAAAAUUACUCUCUUGAUGGAUAAGUUUUUUGUCUUUUUUUGUCUUUGUGCCUGCUUGAGAAAUGUGAUGGAUGUCAGUACAAUGUUUAUCUAUUAAAGCAUUAUUUCAUUAA